CUUCACAAGAACAACUUUGGGUGACUUAUUCGCGGCCCACCGAUCAUACCGGGAGGAGCGGCCCUGCGUACUUCGCCAUCACGACGGCCUCCUGUGUAGUUAGAACUAGGCCAACUUCUUUGCACUCGGACGCGAUGGACCGGCAUCAUGAAAUCGACGCCAGCGCAAGAACUACAGAUGAGGACGUGGACCCGCUGCUUGUCCCGCUUUCGUCUGCCCAGAAAAUGUUGUUGCUGAAGCAGUACGUCGAGGAAAUUCUACUUUUGGGUGGAUCCUGUUCAUCUUCUACGCCUGGAAGUGUGGUAUCGGAUUCUACUCGAGCUUCAUCCCUGGAGCGGGCAGAUGCGUCGUGCGCUGUCGGGCCAGCAGCGGCUGCGACGAACGGCCUUCCGGGCGAAGCUUUCGCUUUGCAAUCCGUGCCAGAAGGGAAAGUGGAUAAUAGUGCCGACGACCAUUCUACAACCUUCUCCCCCACAGGGGGCUCCACACCGACGACAGACUGCGGCGAUUCAUGCACGUCGGGUUGUUCCACGCCGACUGACUCUUCC